GGGGAUGAUAGGGUAAAUAAAAUGCAAAUAAAACCGACAAAUUAUUGCCUUGCUAAAAACUAGUAAUGCUGGUCUUAAUAAGUUCUUAAAUCUAACAAAUAAUUCAGUGCAGCACCCACACGUCAUCAUUUGUUUUCAAUUUUUCUCUUUCGUCCCUUUCUACACACAGUCACACACUCUUUCUCUCUCUCUCUCUCUGCGGAAAAGCCUUCGCCUCCCUCCUCCCUAAAAAUGUGAGAAUGCUUCAGUGAAUUUUGAGUCAAAUUUCACCGGAGCUUAGUUUUUAAGUUCAUUUCCUUGACUACUUUCUCUCUCUACAAAACGGAGAACAAAUUCAACUCUCGCUCACUUCCGGUGACAUUCGGUGGAAGCAUCCGUUGAAAUCACCGUGUGAAAUCUCCUAGCGCGAUCUCGAAUUCGUCGCUUCGACGGGAGUUUCAUUCUUUUGCUCAAUUGUUGCUCGGUCUAUGUUUGCUGACUUUGCGAGCUGGAAGCCUGCUGCAACCAGGAAAUCUCAACUCUCUAUCAUGCAUUUUCCUUCAAUUGAAGUGUGAACCUAGGUGAGUUCGAAGGUUUCAUUACCCGCUCUGUUUCUGUUUUUGGAUUUUUUUUGUCACUCUGAUUCCUUCGUGCCUCGAAUUAUGAUGUUACAAAAUUAUUGCCGACACUGUUCCAAACCGAGCUAGUUUGUCUAGAUUUGGAUGUUGAUUUAAUUAUAACUACUUCUUUCUCUGACUGUUGGACUGCUAAUUGCUGGAUACUCUGGAAUUUAAUUUGUAACAGAAGCACAAAAGAAUCAAUGGUUUGAGUACUUACAGUAGGUUUAUUUUCUUUCGACUUUCUAUAAGCUUUGGAUUUUCUUAGUAGAGAUGGAAUCAAGAUCGGUUAAUUGUUUUGUUCUUCUUUUUAACCAAUGGACAAGCACAUCUACUUUCAUUUAAUUGUCUAAAAUGCAAGUAAGUUUAACUUGAUUUUUUAAGACAUUCAGUAAAAUUGCAAGUGCCUGAGAGGCUCCAAUUGCAGUUUCUAGCUUUAUCUGCCUUUGACUGGUAACUUUAGCUAUUUUAACGGAUAUGUUGUGGUUAAUUAGGCUGAAACUAAUGCAAGUUAUGCUUUCCGAAGACUUUGGAAGUAUUUGUUUCAGUUGAAUGUGAAUUUUAAUGGAGGAAACAAGUGGAAAAGCAUCAUCAUUUAGGCCUACAUUAUCUGGAAAGUCAACUCCAAGAGGUUCCCCUUCAUUCAGGAGACUGGCUUCUGGAAGAACUCCACGUAGAGAGGGUAAAAGUGGUGGGUUUAAUGCACAAUGGGUCAGAAACAACAGGAUUGUUCUUUGGUUGCUUUUGAUCACUCUUUGGGCUUAUGGUGGAUUUUACGUCCAGUCUAGAUGGGCUCAUGGGGACAACAAGGAAGGCAUUUUUGGUGGAAAUGAGAGUGAUGAAAACUCUGAACUUUUUCAAAAGGAUGAAAUUAUUGAGCUUAAGCCACCGGAGCGGAGAGAUCUUACAGAGGCUGAUGACUAUUUGGCAACUAUAUCAAGAGUGCCUAAAAAUGAGUCCAUUUCCAGAAACUCUGAUAUGAAACUAACCAACAAUGGAAUUGCUAAUAAAACCAGUCAGAAUGUAUCUCCCAAGAAGAAGGGAAAGAGAUCGAGUCGCGGUACACGUAAGAAAUCUCGUGCUAAGCAGAAAGUGAUGGUGAAAUCUGAGGACACUGAAGUUGAUACACCGGAAGAGGAACUACCUUCAACUAAUACUACUUACCGUAUGCUAUUAGGACCAUUUGGCUCACUAGAAGACAACAUAUUGGAAUGGAGCCCUGAGAAGCGGUCUGGAACCUGUGACCGGAAGGGUCAGUUUGCUCGUCUGGUUUGGUCAAGAAAGUUUGUGCUGAUAUUUCAUGAGCUAUCAAUGACUGGAGCUCCCCUUGCGAUGAUGGAGUUGGCUACAGAGCUCUUGAGCUGUGGUGCAACAGUUAAUGUGGUGUUACUUAGCAAAAGGGGGGGAUUGAUGCAAGAGCUUGCUAGAAGAAAAAUCAAAGUACUCGAGGACAAAUUGGAUGUUAGUUUCAAAACUGCUAUGAAAGCAGAUCUCAUUAUUGCAGGGUCGGCAGUUUCUGCAUCGUGGAUUGAAAAAUACAAAGAACAUACUGUGCUUGGUUCAAGUCAAAUUGCUUGGUGGAUCAUGGAAAACAGAAGGGAGUACUUUGAUCGUGCAAAGCUUGCCCUUGCUUAUGUAAAAAGGCUAGUUUUCCUCUCAGAGUCACAGUCUAAGCAGUGGCUUGCCUGGUGUGAGGAAGAAAAUAUCAAGUUGAAGUCUGCACCUGAACUGAUUCCACUUUCUGUUAAUGAUGAAUUGGCUUUUGUGGCUGGUAUUCCUUGUUCUCUGAAUACUCCAGCCUCUAGCACUGAGAAGAUGUUGGAGAAGAGGCAGUUACUGAGAACUGCAGUUAGGAAAGAGAUGGGAUUGACUGAUAAUGACAUGCUUGUGGUAUCUUUAAGUAGUAUCAACCCUGGGAAAGGUCAAUUUUUGCUACUUGAAUCAGCACGCAUACUGUUUGAAAGUGGACUGCCUUCCAACAGUUCUGUUAUAAAGAGUUCAGAAAAGAAAAGCCAAAAUUUCAGGGGAAGGGUGUUACUUCAGAAGGGACGUUCCAAAAGAAAACUUAGAAAAGGAACUCUUCGAAAACAGGAGACCAUUAAGGCUCAUGGUAAUGGUACCACGGGGCAUUUAUUGGCUGAGAGAGAGAAAAAGCCGGCCCAGAAGCUUAAGGUUCUUAUUGGUUCAGUUGGUUCCAAAAGUAAUAAGGUGCCCUAUGUCAAGUUACUCCUCAAACUUCUGUCUGAGCACCAAAAUAUGUCUAACUCAGUAUUAUGGACACCAGCAACUACACGCGUUGCAUCCCUCUAUGCAGCUGCUGACGUUUAUGUGAUGAAUGCACAGGGCCUUGGAGAAACUUUUGGAAGAGUAACAAUUGAAGCAAUGGCUUUUGGUCUUCCUGUAUGAACCCAUCUUUACUUGUACUUUUUACUUUUCCUUCUAUACAGUUUAAAUAUCAUUCCCUUCAUCAAAUAAUGGAAAUCCACUUUUACUUUGACACUUGAUGUUAACAGAACACAUAUUCCCCCCAUUCAAGAUUGAACGAGAACUGUUAAAAUCCUUCAGAAAGAGAAAUCCUGAUAUCUUGUGCUACUAUUUUUCUGAGCAGGUGCUAGGAACUGAUGCUGGAGGCACAAAGGAGAUUGUUGAACACAAUGUAACAGGCCUUCUCCAUCCGUUGGGGCGUCCCGGGGCUCAAGUUCUGGCAAAAGAUAUUCAAUAUUUCCUUCAGAAUCCGUCAGCAAGAGAACGCAUGGGAGCUGAAGGAAGAAAGAAAGUGGAAAAGAUGUACUUGAAGAAACACAUGUACAAGAAAUUUGGAGAGGUCCUGUACAACUGCAUGAGAUUGAAAUAACUGAUUUUGCGUGACAUUCGAUUUCUUGCGCCUCAACGCGAGUUACGGUAUUGAUUGUAUCGUUUUUCCUCAGUGGCCAAGUUUUCCAUUUCUGAUUUCGCUUAAGAGGUGGAACUGCUCCAAGAGCAGGUGCCGGCCUUAGAACAUCUUUACCGAAAAUCAAAUAUCCCCAACAUGACCAAAAUCUUUUUCAUUGCUUAUGUCCCUCAAUCUCAAGUAAAUGCUAAUGGGACUGCUGUGGUGAUGAUGCCGCUGUCCACAAUGAACAGGAGUACGAGAGUCUUGGAUUGAUUUCAGGCUACAUCAGCUACAUUAACCUUGUAUCCUGUAACAAGGAAAACUAGUAGGUCACUGUUUCUCUGUAAAAUGAAACGUUAUAUUCAAUUCAGUGGAAGGUGUUGAACUGAUGAUCAAUUACUAUCGUGGAAUGGAGAGUGUUGUUCACAGAAAAUGAAAUGACUAGAAUUUCCAUAUCAUAUUUCUUUAACCCAAAAUUUCAAUUCCCCUUUUCCCCUGCUUAUCUGUAACUUGCUAACGAACCAAAAAGUUAUAAGCAUCUACAUCACUGGACACAUGAAAUGAGCAAAAACUUCGUUGUCACUUCCUCAAGAAAAAGAUCUCACUGUCAAAGAAAGAAGCCAAAACUACCAAGCUAUUAUGUACAAGUAAAAACUUGGUGUCAAAAAAGCAAAUCUCUACUUUACAUCUCAGGCAGGCUAUCACCGGCCAGGGAUUCUUAACCCUUAAUCUUGCAUUAUCGAUUUGUCACAUUUCAAGACAGCUGCCUGACUGAACAUGGCCGGAAAAAAUCUCCGGCAUCUCGAGUUUUGUCCAGGUGUAACGUUUUAAAUCCAACAUGUACACUUGGUGGGGCUCGGAGAAUCUUGGCGAACCAAUCACAAGUAGAUUCCCCCGACUAGUAGCUGUCACAUAUGCAAUGUUCCUCACAUCAUUUGGAAGCUGCGCCAAAGCUUGCCACUUGGCAUUCUUGACUUCUAACACGUCAGCAUCCCUACACAUAAGCAGUCUUCCAUCUGGAGCGACACUCGUACAAGUCCUAGGACACGUGGAAGCUUCCAAGAAGUCAUCUUCAAAGGGGUCCCAUUUCCAUGUAGUCACAUCAAAAGCCUCUGCACUGGCACUGAAUCUGCCUUGCAUAUUUGUCGAGUAUCCACCGAUGACGUGGAACUUGCCAUUGUGGAAAACCCCUUUUGACUCGUCACGUUCACAUGCCAUGUCAGGCAAUUCCACCCAAUGAUCAUUUUCCACGUCAUAAGCCAAUGCUGACCUCAGCGCAUUUUUCUCAUCAUCGUGGCCGCCGGCCACAAACACCGUUCGAUCAGAAUCCGACGCACAAGAAAAGAAGGAUCUUUUGCAGCCCGGCAUAUCAGCCCCACGCUUCCACGUAGCAGUGAGAAAACUAAAGACAAAAACCGAAUUAGAAACCUCCCAAGAAACUGGGUCCAAUCCGCCCAUCAAAACUAAAUUCAACCCGACGCCAACAAGCUGGCAGAACAUCGGCAACCCGUCUGCAAAUCCGGGUACCGGCGGCAAUUCCGUCCAAUGACCCGUCUCCGGUUCAAAUAUAGCAAGCCUGUAAGCCGGGGUGGCAUGAACUUUCAGGGUAGAUCCUGCUUUACUUCCGGUGGAGUUAACCCGAGCUUGAGACAGGACAAUGACAUUUCUGGUAAAGCCGGCGGCUUUCCGUUGGUUCAUAAACUCCGGCAGCUGAAUCUCAAGAUUCCAACUCUUGCAAACGGAUCCAACAGUUGGGAAAUGAUCAUAAGGGACACGAACCAGACAUUCGAAUCCGAUAUCAGAAGGAAGAUUAGGAAAAAGCUCCAUAUAUAAUAAUAAAGGGAUCUCUGUUUGAUAGUUGUUUUUUUGGUCGCUGAUCAAAUAGAACUAAACAGAGGUUUUAGAGAGAAAGAGGUGGUAACUGUGAUUGAAUUGUGUUUCUGUUCACGGAAACAAGCUUUUAUACAGAGUGGAAAGUGAAGUGGAUAACUAAUCAAAUCUUCACGUAGAUGCAAAUUAAAAAAAAAAAAAAAAAAGGAAUUGACAAUAACCAAUAAUAGAGGAAAUGAAAGGGAAAGGAAGAGUAGAGUUAAAGUCUUCUAGAAGAAAGGAGGAGGAGGAGAUCAAAUCGAAUGAUGAAAAGGGCACUAUUACUGUUGUUUGAUUGUGGGGGGAUUAGUCAUUUUAUAGACAAGAGAAAGUGCAAUGUGAUGCUUCUGGUUUUGUGUGGGGAGAGAGAGAGAGAGAAGAGAGAAACUGAUUAAAGAAAACAGGGGAAGUGG